UCAGUGUACUAUGUCGAAGUGUAAAAGGAAGAUUUUGACGAUUGCAUCAUCAAAUUGCCUUCGCUAGUUCAUAUUUCCUGACAGAGUGACGCUUGUUUGGUUGCGGUAUUCGAAAGAUCACACAUUUCGAGAACAGACAGCCAUUUUAAACUGGAUUUUGAUAACGAGAUCGAGGAAAAAACAUCGCGACCCAGAUUUGCUUGACACAAUAACAUUGAACACGUGGCCUUCCUGUGGAUAGCAGACAACAGUACGCGAGAAUUGCCUCCAUACGUGUUAUUGAAACUGAUCAUACUAUAUAGGAUAAGUGUGUGCUUAUUGUGGUCAUUCUCAGUAGCUACUGGAGACGAGCGCGGGAUCAGAGGGAUAUUUGCACAGUGAGCGAGACCGCCAGGCUUUGUGCGGACGAAAUAGCCGAUCGCGUUUCUCUUGCGACAAGCAAGUUCCGCUCCAAUACCAUAGUAACGGCGUAAAACGACUGUGGGUUAGUGUUACUCUGGCCACAACAGAUCGAUAUGGCUAAAGGAAACGUCGAAUUCACACCGGAAGGGGAUAUUGACAAAUCUAAAGUUCCGUUCCUCACGUCGUCGCGAGUCGGCCUAGCUGUACUGGGAUUCUUGGGCUUCAUCAACGUCUAUGCCCUCCGCGUCAACCUCAGUGUCGGCGUGGUCUGCAUGGUCAACCAAACUUGGGUGAAGGCCAGCAUAAAGAGCAACGACAGUGACAGCACGUUGGUGUCGGAGUGCGCGUCCUUCACAGCGGUAGACCCUAACGUCACGGAGUCGACGGCCCUGCGGGAUGGCAAGCUGUUAUGGGACAAGACCACCCAGGGGCUGGUGUUGGGAGCCUAUUUCUGGGGUUACCUCGUCUCCCAGGUUCCUGCAGGCUGGCUGGCCACAAAGUACGGGGGGAAGCGUGUGUAUGGCUGGUCAAUGCUUGUCUGCAGCCUUCUGACCUUUCUCACCCCCAUCGUGGCCACCACCAACUACAUAGCCGUCAUGGCGCUUAGGAUCAUCCUUGGUUUGGCCUCGGGCGCGGCGUUCCCUGCGAUGCACACGUUUUGGGGCAACUGGGCUCCUCCCCUCGAGAGAAGCAAGCUCACAGCAUUCACAUAUGCAGGUGCGCAAGUCGGCAACGUUGUAACAUUCCCACUCGCCGGAUUCCUGUGUAAAUAUGGCUUUGCUGGGGGAUGGCCUUCUAUAUUUUACGUUCUCGGUGCGAUGUCUUUGGUAUGGUUCUUUCUGUGGAUGUUCUUUGUGAGCGACACCCCCGCCCAGCAUAAGCGGAUAUCGGGGAACGAGAGGCGCUACAUUGAACAUACCCUCCGGGACAGCGUCAGGUCACACAAGAAGUUGAACGUCCCGUGGAAGAGCAUAGCGCUGUCACUACCAUCCUACGCCAUCAUCGUGAGCAACAUCACGUCGGACUGGGGAGCCUACACCCUCCUCACAAACAUCCCCACCUACAUGAACGAGGUCCUCAAGUUUGACAUUGCUGCAAACGGCCUGUACUCUGCCCUCCCGUAUAUUGUGUUCUGGGUAAUAAUUAACCUGGCCGGGUGGUUGGCGGACUUCGUGAGGAGACGGAGCAUCUUCACCACCACCAACACCAGGAAGAUCUUCGACUCUUUCGGCAAAGUGAUUCCGGCGGUGAUGUUGGUGGGCCUAGGGUAUGUGGACUGCUCUCAGCCGGCCUUGGCAAUCACCCUGCUGGUCCUGGGUGUGUCCCUCACCGGCUUCCAGUUCUCCGGCUUCAUCGUCAACCAUGUCGACAUCGCCCCCGCAUACGCCGGCAUCCUGUUCGGCAUCUCCAACUCUAUAGCUGCCGUCACAGGGUUCAUCUCACCCGUGGUAGUCGGAGUCAUUACAUCAGAGAGCCAGACUCGGGCGGAGUGGCAAGUUGUUUUCUACAUCGCAGCGGCUAUGUACGGAUUCGGCGCCAUCUUUUAUGUCAUCUUUGCAUCUGGGGAACUACAACCCUGGGCACGUGAGGAAAGUGAAGAGGAGGAGAAAAUGGCGGUUGAGAUGGAGACGAAGGGGGGUCACAGGGAUGGGGCCGCUGAUGGAAUGUUAGCCGACAUCAAAUAUUGAUAUUGGAAAAUUGUAUGUAACAUCAAUUGUUAUAUAAAUAGUAUACUACUCUGCUUUUGAUUGGGAUACGUGAGAUAUUUCGCUGUAUUCGCCUAUACAGGUUAUAGCAAUCAGACUGGUGUGUAUACUCUAGGAAUAUCCCUACAAAAGCUGAGUAGUAUAGACCCGCGUUAUAUCGAUAUAAGGGGGGCAUUGUCUCUGUUAUAC